AUGGCGGCCCUAGUGGGCCGGCGGUGUCCCCAGCUGUGGUGGCCCGCUGGGCGGAAGGCGGCCCGGGCCAGCUCGGCCGGCAGAGGCGGCCCCUGGACCGGGAAGGAACAAGUAAGCGCCGGCCCCUCCCGGUACUCGCGCACGGCGCUGUACGACCUGCUGGACGUCCCGGUCACGGCUACGCAGGCGCAGAUCAAGGCAGCCUACUACCGGCAGAGCUUCCUCUAUCACCCGGACCGCAACUCGGGCAGCGCGGAGGCGGCGGAGCGCUUCACGCGCAUCGGCCAGGCCUACGUGGUGCUGAGCAACGCCGCGCUCCGCCGCCAGUACGACCGCGGCCUGCUGGGCGCCGAGCACGCUCAAGUCGCCGCGCACGCGCCCUCCUCGCCCCGGCCCCGGCCUCCCGCGUCCGUGCACUCCGCCUACGGCCCCCAGCGCGCGCGGCCCGCCCCCGGAGGCCAGCACAUGUUUGACUUCGACGCCUUCUACCGCGCGCACUACGGGGAGCAGCUGGAGCGCGAGCAGCGGCUGCGGGCGCGCCGCGAGGCCAUGCGCAAAGCCCGCGAAGUGCGCCAACGCUCGGGCCUGCGCUGGGAUGAGAGCAUGCUCCUGGGCCUGAUCCUGCUGCUGGGCUUCCUGGGCUUGUCGCACCGCAACUAG